AUGAGUGUUUCUACAAGAUCCGUCACUUUAACUCAUGGGGCUUUAGAACAUGCCAUUGCUGUUCCUGCAAGUUCAUAUUUUGCUGCUGCUCUAUUGAAAGACCAAUUCCAAAAGACUCUAGUGGAACCAUCUCCAGAUUAUUCUCAAGAUGAAGAACCAGUAUCUGCCAUUGAAUUGCUGGGGAAGUUCUUGGGCUAUGUCUCUGACAUUAUUGAAAACUCCACUACUGAUGAUUCUACAACCACCUCAUCUUCUAGCGAAACAAGCCCUUUUAAUGAUGUCUUACGUGUGGCAGUACAUGAAUUCGAAAAUUCAUAUCUUUUAUCUUCCAAUUCAAAAGAUAUUCAUUCUCUAGCUGUUAAUAAUUUGAAAAUCUUUGAAAAUACAACUCUAUUGAAAUCAAAUGAAUUGAUCAAGAAUUAUAUCAAAUCUAAAAUCAUUUUGAAUGAACCUUUCACCACUGAAAAGAGUGCUCUUCUGGAUCCAUCAUUAAAGACAAAUAUUUUCGCCAUCUUUGGUGGCCAAGGUAACACUGAUGAUUAUUUCGAAGAAUUGAGAUACUUGUAUGAUAUCUACUAUCCAUUAAUCAAAGAUUUGAUCGAAUCUUUGGCUAAAUUGUUAUUAGAUUUAUCUACUACCACCACAAAUAAUGAUUAUGAAAACAUUUUCACAAAGGGUUUCAAUUUGAUCGAUUGGUUAAAAGAUUCAAACAUGACUCCAAAUCAAGAUUAUCUAUUAUCAAUUCCAAUCUCCUGUCCUUUAAUAGGUAUUAUACAAUUUGCUCAUUAUAUGAUCACUGCCAAAUUAUUGAAUUUGACACCUGGCGAGUUGGCUUCCUCUCUAAAGGGUGCUACUGGUCAUUCUCAAGGUUUGGUCACUGCAGUGGCCAUUGCUGAAUCUAAAACUUGGGAUGAUUUUUUUAUCUCUAUGAAAAAAUCCAUUACCCUAUUAUUUUACAUUGGUGUUCACUGUCAUUUGAUUUAUCCAAACACUUCUUUACCAAAUUCUAUUGUUCAAGAUUCUUUAAAUAAUAAUGAAGGCUUACCAUCUCCAAUGUUAUCUAUUACAAACUUGUCAAAGGACCAAGUGAAAAAUUACAUCAAAAUUACAAAUGAUCAUCUUCCUGCUGAAAAACAUAUCUCCAUCUCUUUAAUUAAUGGUGCAAGAAAUAUGGUCAUUUCAGGUCCACCACAAUCACUUUAUGGGUUAAAUUUAGCUUUAAGAAAGGAAAAGGCUCCGCCUGGUUUAGACCAAUCAAGAAUCCCAUAUACUGAAAGAAAAUUGAAAUUCUCAAAUAGAUUCUUACCAAUCACUUCUCCCUUCCAUUGCCACUUAUUAACUCCAGCUCAAGACUCCAUUGUUCAAGAUUUACUCGCCAAAAAUGUCGAUUUCAACCGUAAAGAUUUGAAUAUCCCAGUAUUUGACACUUUUAGUGGUAAGGACUUACAAUCUUUUGAUGAAGAUAAAGAUUCCAUUUUAGCAAGAAUUGUUAAAUGUAUUAUCACUUUACCUGUUAAUUGGGAAACUACAACAAAUUUCAACGCUUCUCAUAUCUUAGAUUUUGGUCCAGGUGGUUCUUCAGGUUUAGGUAUAUUAACUCACCGUAAUAAAGAUGGUACCGGUGUUAGAAUCAUUAUCGCAGGUAAUAUUAAUUCAAAUGGCUCUUUAGAUGAUGAUGAUAACGAUAUCGGUUAUAAAAAUGAAAUCUUCAAUUUGAAUCCUAAAUUAGUGAAAUUCAACAUCAAUUGGUUAAAUGAAUUCAAACCAAAAUUAAUCAAAAAUAAAUCAGGCAAGAUUUUUGUUCAAACGAAAUACUCUAAGUUAAUCGGUAAACCACCUAUUUUAGUCCCAGGUAUGACACCAACUACUGUUUCUCCAGAUUUUGUGGCUUCCACUAUUAAUGCAGGCUAUACCAUUGAAUUAGCAGGUGGUGGUUACUUCUCCCCUGUAAUGAUGACAAAUGCCAUUGAUAAAGUCAUUUCCCAAAUUAAAAAAGGUACUUCUUUGGGUAUUAACUUAAUUUAUGUCAACCCAAGAAUGUUACAAUGGGGUAUUCCUUUGAUUAGAGAUUUGAGAUCUAAAGGCUAUCCAAUUCAGUUUUUAACUAUUGGUGCAGGUGUUCCAUCUUUAGAAAUUGCCACAGAAUACAUUGAAACUUUAGGUUUAACUCAUUUGAAUUUAAAACCAGGGUCUAUUGAUUCCAUUUCUCAAGUUAUUAAUAUUGCUAAACACCAUCAAAACUUCCCAAUUGUCGUUCAAUGGACGGGUGGUAGAGCUGGUGGUCACCACUCUUUCGAAGAUUUCCAUGCUCCUAUGUUACAAAUGUAUUCUAAAUUAAGAAAAUACAAGAAUAUCAUCCUAAUAGCUGGUUCUGGUUUUGGUUCUUCAAGUGAUACUUAUCCUUAUUUGACUGGUGAAUGGUCAACUAAAUUGAAUUAUCCACCAAUGCCUUUCGAUGGGUUCUUAUUUGGUUCUCGUGUCAUGGUUGCUAAGGAAGCCAAGACUUCAUUAGCUGCUAAGGAAUUAAUCGUUCAAUGUAAGGGUGUUGAAGACAGCGAUUGGACUAAAUGUUACAAAAAGUCAACUGGUGGUAUAUUAACUGUUCGUUCCGAAAUGGGUGAACCAAUUCAUAAGAUCGCUACCAGAUGGGUUGUUUUCUGGAAAGAAUUAGAUGACACUAUCUUUAAUUUACCCAAGAAUAAAUUGUUAGCUGCUUUAGAUGAUAAACGUGAAUAUAUUAUUAAGAAGUUGAAUGAAGACACUUCAAAACCUUGGUUCCCAACAGUCAAUGGUGAAAUCCGUGAAUUGAACAAUAUGACUUAUAAAGAAGUUGCUUAUAGAUUAGUCGAAUUAAUGUUCAUUAAAUCAAUUAAUUCUUGGAUUGAUGUUACCUUGAGAAACUUUGUUGGUGAUUUCUUACGUAGAGUUGAAGAAAGAUUUACCACUAAGAAAACUAACUCUAUCCUUCAAUCUUAUUCUGUGUUGGAUAAAGAACCUUUGAAAACUUUAGACUUGAUCUUUGAAAAUUAUCCAAAUGCUAAAGAUCAAUAUUUAAACGCUCAAGAUGUCGAUAAUUUCUUAAACAUGUGCUUGAACCCAUUCCAAAAACCUGUUCCUUUUGUCCCUAUUUUAGAUGAAAGAUUCGAAUUUUUCUUCAAAAAGGAUUCCUUAUGGCAAUCAGAACAUUUGGAAGCUGUUAUCGAUGAAGAUGUUCAGAGAACUUGUAUUCUUCAAGGUCCUGUUGCUACUAAAGCUUCUACUAAAGUUAAUGAACCAAUCAAAAAUAUUUUGGAUGAAAUUCAUGAUGGUCAAGUUCAAAAAUUAUUAAAAGAUUAUUAUAAUAAUGAUGUUGACUCUAUUCCAACAAUUGAUUACUUUGGUGGUAAUGAUCCAGUUAUUACUGAAUCCUCAUUUACUAAGUAUAUCUCCAAGAAUGAUUCUAAGAAAUUAGUUAUCAAUUCCAGCACUAUUAAGAAUGAAAACGUUUGGUUUAAUUUGUUAGCAGGCACAAAGAAGGACUGGAGAUUUGCCUUCUUCAACACUGAUAGAAUCGUUCAAGAUGUCUUAUACGUUGACAAUCCAAUUAGGGAUAUCUUUAGACCAAAACAUUUUGCUGCUACCUCUAACUCUGAGGAUAAUUCAGCUAACUCUAAUUUGAUUGUAGAAAUUGAAAACUAUAACGAUUCAUCGAAGGCCCAAGUCACAUUGUUCGACAAGAUUCAAGGUGAAUUUAAACCAAUCGCAAAAUUAUCAUCCAUUGAAAACAAUAAAAUCGAAUUAAAAUUGAUUGAAAAUAGAUCAAUGGAUAACAAACCAGUUAAAUUAAGCUUAUUGUACCAUUUUAAUAAUAAUGAUGGUUUUGCCCCAAUUAUUGAAAUUAUGGAAAACCGUAAUAACAGAAUUAAAGAAAUGUAUUGGAAAUUAUGGUUAAAUGAUGAAAAGUUCGACUUAAACUUCAGUCCAAAGGAUGAAAUCAUUAACAACAAUCAAUUCAGAAUUACAUCUGAUGCUAUUACCAAAUUUACUCACGCUAUUGGUAAUAAUUGUGAAGAUUUUGUGAAGAGAGAAGGUAGAACUAUGUUAGCUCCGAUGGAUUUUGCAAUUGUUGUUGGCUGGAGAGUUAUUAUAAAGGCAAUUUUUCCAGAAACUAUUGAUGGUGAUUUAUUGAAGUUAGUACAUUUAUCAAAUGGUUAUAGAAUGAUUCCUGGUGCUACUCCAUUAAAGGAAGGCGAUUUAAUUACCACAUCUGCUGUAGUUAAGUCUAUCGUUAAUCAACCAACCGGUAAGGUAGUUGAAGUUAUUGGUACUUUAUCAAGGGAAGGCUCCCCAGUUAUGGAAGUCACUUCAUCCUUCUUUUACAGAGGUAACUACACUGAUUUCCAAAACACUUUCCAAAAGACAACCAAUCCUGUUUACAGAGUAACCAUUAAAUCUCAAAAGGAUAUCGCUGUUUUACAUUCCAAAGAAUGGUUCCAAUUGGAUGAUGAAGAUAUUGAUUUAUUAGACAAAUCACUUUCUUUUGAAACCGAAACUGAAGUUACAUUUAAAGAUGCCGAAAUUUUCUCAUCUGUAAAGUGUCAUGGCCUGAUUAAAAUUGAAUUACCUACUAGAGAAUUUGUGGAAAUUGGUGUUGUAGAUUACGAAGCUAGCGAAUCUUUCGGUAACCCGGUAAUUGAGUAUUUGAAGAGAAACGGUUCCACGUUAGAACACAAGGUUAAUUUGGAAAAUCCAAUUCCAAUUGGCACAAUUGAAUCUCAAUCUCCAAACACAAAUGAAAAAUAUGCUAGAAUUUCUGGUGAUUUAAAUCCUAUCCAUGUUUCUCGCCAUUUUGCUACUUACGCCCAAUUGCCUGGUACUAUUACACACGGUAUGUAUUCUUCUGCUGCAGUUCGUAGUUUAAUUGAAAAUGCUGCUGCGGAUAAUGUUUCUUCAAGAGUUCGUGCUUACAGUUGUAACUUUGCUAAUAUGGUUUUACCAAAUACUCCAUUGAAAACAACUAUCCAACAUGUUGGUAUGAUUAACGGUAGAAAAUUGAUCACUUUUGAAACUAAGAAUGAUAAUGAUGUUGUUGUUCUAACAGGUGAAGCUGAAAUUGAACAACCAGUUUCUGCAUUUGUCUUUACUGGUCAAGGUUCACAAGAACAAGGUAUGGGUAUGGAUCUAUAUGAAAACUCAGAGGUUGCAAGAAAUGUUUGGGACAGAGCUGAUGCUCACUUCAAGAAUACAUAUGGUUUCUCUAUCUUAGAAAUUGUCAAGACUAAUCCAAAUGAAUUAACUAUUUAUUUUGGUGGUGAAAAGGGUAAGAAAAUUAGAAAGAAUUAUACUCAAAUGAUUUUCGAAACUAUUGUUGAUGGUUCCGUUAAAACUGAAAGAAUUUUUAAAGAGAUUGACGAAACUACUACCUCUUAUACUUUUAGAUCACCAACAGGUUUGCUAUCAGCUACUCAAUUUACUCAACCUGCUUUAACUUUAAUGGAAAAGGCUUCUUUUGAAGAUUUGAAGUCUAAGGGGUUGAUUCCUGUUGAUGCUGCCUUUGCUGGUCAUUCAUUAGGUGAAUAUGCUGCUUUAGCUUCCUUGGCAGAUGUUAUGUCAAUUGAAUCUUUAGUUGAAGUUGUAUUCUACAGAGGUAUGACCAUGCAAGUAGCUGUUCCAAGAGAUGAAGUGGGAAGAUCUAACUAUGGUAUGAUUGCUGUAAACCCAGGUAGAGUUUCUCCAACAUUUACUCAAGAAGCUUUACAAUUUGUUGUUGAAAAAGUUGGCAAGAGAACUCAAUGGUUAUGUGAAAUUGUUAAUUAUAAUGUUGAAGGUCAACAAUAUGUUGCAGCUGGUGAUUUAAGAGGGUUGGAUACUUUAAAUAAUGUAUUAAACUUCAUUAAAGUUCAAAAGAUCAACAUUGUUAAACUACAAGAAACUAUGUCUUUAGAAGAAGUCGAAGCUAACUUAUUCGAAAUAAUUGAUGAAGUUGCUAAGAAAUCCUUAGCUAAACCACAACCAAUUGAAUUACAGAGGGGAUUUGCAUGUAUACCACUACCAGGUAUCUCAGUACCUUUCCACUCAUCAUACUUAAGAAAUGGUGUUAAACCAUUCAAGAGCUUCUUAACUAAGAAUAUUAUUAAAGAAAACGUUAAAGUCGAUAAAUUAGUUGGUAAAUAUAUUCCAAAUUUGACCGCCAAGCCAUUUGCAAUUACGAAGGAAUAUUUCCAAGAUGUGUAUAACUUAACUGGUUCUGACAAGAUUAAGGAUAUUCUAGAUAAUUGGGAAUCCUACGAAAAUAAAUAA